CAAAUACAAUCCUCACCUUAAGCCUUGCAGAGUCGCAUUUUUAACGUUUUGAAUCCCUGAUCCAAGCCACUACAAUUCGUCAAUUCGCCCGCUCCGCCUUCACGUCCGGGGUGCUGUGCUUUCCUCCUGAUCCAAAGCACAAACAAGCGAGCAGUCUUCGGCUGCACUCCACAGUCCAAAAUCAAUUUUAAGCAUCUUUGCGUGACCGAAAAGCUGCCCUCCUUGAAGAGGCAUCGGGACACUCCGCCCAACACUCGUAAUAUCCCCAAAUUCCUCACCUUGUCAACUUCCCUCCAAGCUUUUCCGCCUCGGGGCAUUUCUGGGUUCCUCGUUCGGCACUGUCUGAGUUCCGGAAUCUGUACGAAUUUCCUUUCUUGAAACUUCAUCUGACUUCCCUCCUCCCGCUCCUUACUUUCCAACCAUUUGCAGAGUCAAAUAUUGGGUUCUGGCGGGAUUGAUCCUCUAUUUAAUGCACGACCUUAGGCUCUGCUUUUGGGAACAAGGUCAGGACUGAGAUUUACGCAUUGAGUUCCAUAGAGUCGGCGAGAGCAAGUAUGAGUUUACUAGUGCCGAGUUUGAAUGUUUGUCCUGGGAGUCGAUGUGGGUUGUUUUGGGUUUUGGUUGUACUGUUGUUGGGGAGUAGUACUAGGGUGGCGUUCUCCGAUUCCAAGUACUUGGUUGGCCUCGGAACCUACGACAUCACUGGCCCUGCUGCUGAUGUGAAUAUGAUGGGUUACGCUAUGAUGGAACAGACCACCUCUGGCGUUCACUUCCGGCUGCGAGCUCGGAGUUUUAUCGUGGCGGAGCCGGGAAAGAACCGAGUGUUGUUUGUCAACCUGGAUGCUUGUAUGGCCUCGCAGAUUGUAACCAUCAAAGUGCUUGAGAGGUUGAAGGCCAGGUAUGGAGACUUGUACACGGAGAAGAAUGUUGCAAUCAGUGGGAUUCACACUCAUGCUGGCCCUGCGGGCUACCUCCAGUAUGUUGUGUAUACUGUGACUUCUCUAGGCUUUGUUCGUCAGUCAUUCGAUGCCCUUGUAGAUGGCAUUGAGCAAAGCGUUAUUCAAGCACACGAUAAUCUCCGGCCUGGAUCAAUUAAUGUGAACGCCGGGGAAGUCAUGGAUGCUGGUAUAAAUCGAAGUCCUAGUGCAUAUCUGAAUAAUCCUUCUGAAGAGCGCAGUAAAUACAAAUAUGAUGUCGACAAAGAAAUGACCCUCAUAAAGUUUGUGGAUGAUGAAUGGGGUCCAAUUGGUAGUUUCAACUGGUUUGCCACUCAUGGAACCUCUAUGACUAACACGAACUCUUUGAUAAGUGGGGAUAACAAGGGUGCUGCUGCCCGAUUCAUGGAAGACUGGUUUGAGCAGAAUAACAGUGCAAGUUCCGAGUCUGUUGAAAGUGCAGGCGAAGGAAUCCCAAGGAGAGUUUCUAGUAUCAUUCCAGAUGUGCAGAGCCACCACCGCGAGCAUGAGCUACUGGAGCUUGCUGCAUCUUUUGGUUCCACUCCUGGUAAACCAGCAACUAAGACUCUAAGUGUUGCAGGUCGAGUAAGGAGUGCUCUCAGGAAGGCAGACAAACCUGGUUUUGUGUCUGCGUUUUGUCAGUCUAACUGUGGUGAUGUUAGUCCCAAUGUGCUUGGAGCUUUUUGUACGGAUACUGGGCUUCCCUGUGACUUCAAUCACAGUACCUGUGACGGGAAGAAUGAGCUGUGUGUUGCCCGAGGACCUGGGUACCCUAUCCCCCCCGCUGAAGAAAUAACCAUAUUUAAUGAUAAUGUAUAAUCUUUUUGUUUUGUUCAGCUUUAAUGUCUUGUUCGUUACAUGGCAGUUACCCCGAUGAGUUUGAAAGUACACGUAUCAUUGGAGAAAGACAAUUCAGGAAAGCAGUGGAGCUUUUCAAUAAUGCAACUGAGGAAUUGACAGGAGAGAUUGACUAUCGCCAUGCUUAUCUUGACUUCUCUCAGCUUGAUGUAAUGGUCCCUAAACAAGGUGGAGGUACUGAAGCCGUGAAGACAUGUCCUGCUGCAAUGGGGUUUGCAUUUGCUGCUGGAACUACAGAUGGACCAGGAGCUUUUGAUUUUAAGCAAGGAGAUGACAAGGGAAAUGCCUUCUGGAAGCUGGUGCGCAACAUGCUGAAGUCCCCAACUAAAGAACAGGUUGCUUGUCAGCAACCAAAGCCUGUCUUGCUUGAUACUGGUGAAAUGACGCUACCCUAUCAGUGGGCACCUUCGAUUCUUCCAAUCCAAAUCCUUCGUGUGGGUCAGCUAGUUAUUCUCAGCGUUCCUGGAGAAUUCACAACCAUGGCUGGAAGGCGACUUCGGGAUGCUGUGAAGCAGGUGUUGACCGGUGGCAAGAAUGAAAAACUCCACGUUGUUAUAGCUGGGUUGACUAAUACCUACUCACAGUACAUAACCACCUUUGAAGAGUACGAAAUACAGAGAUAUGAGGGUGCCUCUACUCUAUAUGGUCCACACACACUGAGUGCAUACAUUCAAGAGUUCAAGAAGCUUGCAGGGGCUCUCAUUCGAGACCAACCCGUGGAGCCAGGUCCUCAGCCGCCAGAUAUGCUCAGCAAGCAGAUCAGCAUGCUGACACCCGUCUUCAUGGACACUACCCCACUUGGCACUCAUUUUGGCGACUGCAGCACUGACGUCCCCAAGAACGCUACUUACAAGAGAGGCGACAUGGUGAGUGUCGUGUUCUUGUCGGCUUGCCCCAGGAAUGAUCUCAUGACGGAAGGCACAUUUGCAGUGGUGGAGAUCCUUCAGGGCAUGGAUACAUGGGUCCCAGCGUACGAUGACGAUGAUUUCUGCUUGAGGUUCAUAUGGUCGAGGCCUGCCAAGCUGAGCGCUCGCAGCCAUGCUACCAUCGAGUGGAGGAUCCCCCAGUCGGCCACCCCUGGUGUGUACAGGAUCAGACAUUUUGGUGCUGCCAAGGCGCUUUUUGGUUCCGUUCGCCAUUUCACUGGCUCCUCUAGCGCCUUUGUUGUGGCAUGAGGUAUGGUACGUCUUUGUUCUUCAAAGGGAUCAUAGAAGACGAUGGACCCAUUUCUUGUUUGUGUUCACACGACUUGAUGUAAAAAUUAAUUUGGUGUAAUAUAUAAAUAUAUUGCAUUCGUUUGGUGGGAAAUGGUAAUUGAACCAUGUCGAAGAAGCGGCAAAUUUAGUACUUUGGGAUUGUUCCGAGCAUCAUUAGUACUUAAUCCUAUAUUUUCCUUAGAGUAGUUUGGUUGUGGGAUUUUAAAACCAUGAAUUUUCUGAUUGAAGAAUCAUGUAGGAUUUUUUUCAUUUUGAAUUUGUGUUGGAUUUUGAAAAGUGUUUGUUUGUUAGAAUUUCAUAUGAGAUUUGUCUCAUUGGGAUUUAUUAAUAAUAGGUUGAAUUUACAUUUGUAUUCAAUGAUUUGUGUUCUUGGGGUUCAAUAUAAAA